GCCGCCCGCUCUACGGCUCCACUCCCCGGUCCGCUGGCGCCAAAAGAAGUCGCCAGGCCAGCUAGGAACCGCGUGGCGCAGAAAGCCAGGGCGCCGCUGGCGAGGUGAUAAAGGAGCAGGGCGCGAGACACGCACCCGCGCCGCCCUCACCGUGACGGGCGGGGGCGCAGGAUGAUGACGCCGAAGAGGCGCACGGCGCGGCAACUGGGCAGAGCCGUCUUCGCUCGUUCCCUUUUGUCCAAGAUGGCAGCUGCCGCCGGAGGCGCCUCUUGAAUCGCGGGCCCCGAAGCCAUGAAGCGGGCGACCGAGCGGGAUUCCAGCCCGGGCGGGUCCGGGGGGACACGUGGCGCCUCCUCCACGAAAAGGCCUCGAGAGCGCGAGAGCAGCGCCAGCGGGGGCGGGGGAGGCGGCGGCGGCAGCAGUAGCAGCCGGCGGGGCCCACACCGGAGUUCGGGCGCCUCCUCCUCGUCAUCCGUUUCCACCUCCGUCUCGUCGCGCAGCAGUCGGGACAAGCCUGCCGCUGGCGGUUCCAGCUCGCGGAGCCAUCGCGGGGAGGAGCGGCCGGGAGGCGGAGGCGAUUCGAACCACCGCGCAGCCUCCUCCAGCGCUAGGAACAGCAGCAGCCAAACCGCCGCCGCGGCCCCUGCCGUCCCGCUUCCCCUGCCCUCCUCCUCCUCCUCCUCGUCUUCUCGGGCGCUGGGGCUCGUCAAGGCCAAAGUGACCGCUGCGGCGGUGGUUGCCCCUUCCUUGCUCCUGGGUGGGCCUCCAUCCGUGGCAGCCCCGUCGCUCCUCUUGGCCCCUGGCCUUGGUUUGCCGGCCGGGGUGGCUCUGGCAGGUGAGCCUCCUGGCUCCAGUGACUACAAGACUCUGCUUGUGAGUGGCCUGGGCCCAGCCUUACCUGACCAGCUGCUGGAAGAUGGCCUCUUUCGCCAGUUCCAGAGAUUUGCUAGCGGCGGUGCCAGCGACAUUAGUGUCAAGCUCUCCCACACACCUGAACUUGGCCGUGUUGCUUACGUUAACUUCAGGCACCCUGCCGAUGCCCGUGACGCUCGACGGCAUGCCAGAGCCAGGCAGCUUCUCCUUUAUGAUCGGCCUCUGAAGGUGGAGCCUGUGUACCUGCGAGGGGGCCGCCGGAGCCGUACUCCUCCACCUACCCCCUCUCCUGAACCCUUGGCUUUUCUCCCUCCUAUCCAUGGUGUUUAUCCAUAUAAACAGAGAUCGCUGUCUCCUGUUGCCAGCCCUUUGCUGAGAGAGCCUAGACCUCGACACGCUCAAGCUGCAGCAGCAGCAUUUGCCUUGGAAGCUGUUGCCUUGGGACUUUCUCGAGAGAGAGAGAGGGUGCUGGAUUAUUAUGGGUUAUAUGAUGAACGGGGCCGUCCUUACAGCUAUCCCUUAGUGGCUGAGGAGGAUUUAAUGCCAGAAGAUGACCAGAGAGCUACCCGGAAUCUCUUCAUUGGCAAUCUUGAUCACAAUGUCUCUGAGGUGGAACUCAGGCGUGCCUUUGAAAAAUACGGUAUCAUUGAGGAAGUGGUGAUCAAGAGGCCUGCACGGGGUCAAGGUGGAGCCUAUGCCUUCCUUAAGUUCCAAAACCUGGACAUGGCACAUCGGGCCAAGGUUGCCAUGUCUGGGCGGGUUGUUGGCAGAAACCCUAUCAAAAUUGGCUAUGGGAAAGCCAAUCCGACUACCCGACUUUGGGUUGGUGGCCUUGGUCCAAGUACUUCUCUAGCUGCUCUUGCUAGGGAGUUUGAUCGUUUUGGUAGCAUUAGGACUAUUGACUAUGUGAAAGGGGACAGCUUUGCCUAUAUUCAGUACGAGAGUUUGGAUGCUGCUCAAGCUGCCUGUGCACAAAUGAGAGGCUUCCCUUUGGGCGGUCCAGACAGGAGACUUAGAGUAGAUUUUGCUAAAGCUGAGGAGGCCCGCUAUCCUCAGCAGUAUCAACCUGCACCACUUCCUGUACACUAUGAAUUGCUCUCUGAAGGCUAUAGCAGACACAGGAGCCUGGAGCAAGACUUAAGGGUGAGGGAUAGGACUCCUCCUCAUCUCCUUUACUCAGAUAGAGAAAGGAGCUUUCUAGAGGCUGAUUGGGCCAGCUCUGUCAAAAAUGCAGAGCGCAGAAAUAACUUGGAGGCAUACAGUCGUUCAGCACGCAGCCGGAGUGGAGAACGUUGGGGCAGCGAUAGUGAUCGCAGUGUUCUCAAGCCCUGGGAGGAAAGGCGUAAACGUCGUAGCCUUUCCAAUGACCGUGGGAGGACUACUCAUUCCCCAUAUGAGGAGAGAGGCAGGACAAAGGCUGGUGGGCCAGGAGCUGAUCGUAGCCCCGAUCGGGUUCGGAAGGAGAAUCACACUACAGAAUCUACCACAGAGAAAGAACAAAAUAACUCGCUGCAGAAUGAUCGACAUACAUUAGAGGAGAAACCUCACCGUGAAACCUCUGAUCCUCCCCAGCCCAAAAAAAGAGACAGUGAACGUAAUCACCGAACCGGUGAGUCUGAAUCAAAGGCUCACGAAGAGUCCAAAUCUGAAACAAAGAAGUUAAAAACAUUAUCCGAUUAUGCCCAUACCCUGCAGCUUGCUUGGAAUGGACUACUUGUCCUUAAAAACAGCUGCUUUCCUACAUCUAUGCACAUCCUUGAAGGAGACUUGGGAGUCAUCAACGGGCUUCUGAAAGACCAUUUGUCUGGUGGAAAGCUAACACAGCUUAAGAUUGCUCAGAGACUUCGGUUGGAUCAACCCAAACUGGAUGAAGUAACUCGCCGUAUCAAGCAAGGGAGCCCUAAUGGCUAUGCUGUGUUACUAGCUACCCAGGCUGCUCAAGGAGCAAGUGCUGAAGGAACCUUCCCAGUGGCGGAGCCUGGCUUACAAAGACGGCUUCUCAGGAACCUGGUCUCUUACUUGAAACAAAAACAGGCUGCAGGAGUCAUCAGCCUUCCUGUGGGAGGGGCAAAGGGCAGGGACAGCACAGGCAUGCUAUAUGCUUUCCCUCCUUGUGAAUUUUCUCAGCAGUACCUCCAGUCCGCACUAAGAACAUUGGGAAAGUUAGAAGAAGAACAUAUGGUGAUAGUGAUAGUCAAAGACACUGCCUAGUAUUUACUCUGUAUCCAUUUCCUCUUUAUCUCCUUGUUUCAAUUCUCUGUUUUCUUUGUGUCUCACACUGCCUGGUUGCUUUUAGGGCCAAUUAUUUUGAGUGAGGCCCUAAGAGUCCUCCCACCAAAUUCUACAAUUGUAUUAGUUUCUAAUAUUUUUAAUACCCAUUUUAAUGAAUCCCAUUUUGUUUCUUUUACUACGUGACACUGUCUGCUGUGUUCUUAUUUUUUAAAAAAAAUAUAUGGAAAGUUGUCAGUAAAGCCUUGUUCGCUGAUGGAUUUUUUUAAUUUUGUGCAGUGUCCUGGUUUCUGUAGUCUGCCAAUGGCUGGCUCUGUGUUCCAGAAUAUAACAGCUAAUGACUUUACCAAAUUCAGUUCUUCCACUCUACUGCUAUUUAACACUAUUAUGCCAGUUUUGUGCUCUUUUUAUUUCUUCAGUAAUUGAAGCCUGGUUGCUUCUUUCCUCAGUGGUAGGUAGCUAGUGCUUUUUUUUUUUUUUAAAGACAAAAGUCAGUGUAUCCUUCAGACCAACCUUUUCCUGGUGGAUGAAAGCUUUUAAGGUGGUCUUAGCCAAAGAACAGCUGUGUAAAACUUAAAAGCUUCAGUUAAUCCUCUGCAACUCUUGGUGCAAUUAAAAAAAAUGAGGCACCUUGGGUUGUUUUUUUCUUCCUCUUGAUUGUGUUGAUUGUUGGAUUGAUUAUAAUAUUGCAAACUGAAAGCUGUUCUUAAAUAUCUUGUCUAGUAAUAAUUAUGGGCUUCUCAGGAAGACAAAUAACCAGGCACUUGAGCAGGACCUGAUAACCACAUCUCUGUGAUUGUGUUGUUCAGCUCCUUCAUCAGUUAAUACAGCAAAAAUAAAAGACAAAACUUGACAAAUUGCCUGCUUAUAGUGUUUGUACUAUCUGAUAUAAUACUAUCAAAUUCUAAACUGCAUCCCUUUUUAUAUCCAAAGGGUUAGGCAAAUGUAUGUGCUACUUGGAUGUAUUCUGAAGCACUCUUAUCACAAUUGUACAAAUGCAGGAUAUAGUUUGUCUAUACCCUUUACCACAGACAAUUAUGUUGUACGUAAUGCAUAUACAUCUAUUUUACCUUAGACUGGAAAUUGUAAUUGCAAAUGAAUUCGCAUAUAACUAUUGCUGGAAUAUACUACUUUCAUAAGGUUUUUGUGAAGUAGUCCCGUGAGGACUGUCAUGUAUAUUCUUUUUAAAAAGCAUGUAAUGAAAUCCUCCCCCUUCUACAGCCAAGUUAGCUCCCUUGUGUCUAACUUACGCAAUUAAUAAAUAGCUGUAAACCUAGUUACUUUCCAGAAUUCACUGUUGCAGUUCACUUCUCCAGAAAUUUGAAACUCCCAAAAGAAUGGGAAGGUAGUUGGAAGAAAGGCUUGUAGAUGAUUUAGCAGAUACAUGAAUCAGAGUAGCAAGAAGUACACUACGGACAGAUGCUAUACUUUGUACAAUCUAUUUCCACUCUUUCCUUUCCCAAUGCACUUAAGGAAUGCUUUCAAUAAUACAAGGUGGUCAUGAUUUUGCUCAGGAAGAGCAUUUUCACACCCCAAAUUCUUAAGCUGUUGUUCAAACAGCUAGUUUGGAAUUGAGAUCAGACUCCUUCAAACUAGAUGUGCUGGGACUAUAAAACAUUUGGUUGAAAAUUCUCUUGAGUUACAACAUUAGGUUGAAAAAGACAGUUUAUAUAAUAUAAACAUUGUUCUAAGGGUUUUUGGUAUUUUCUAUAUCAUAGCAUUUGUGUCUAAAUUGCUAAUCCUUAAAAUGUGCAAACACGUGUCACGAGAAUAUAUCAAUAUGCAAUUUUACAGUGGUGAUAUUCCUGAAUAUUUCAAGUAUUAACAGUAAUUUAUUACAUAGAAGCUGCUCAAUGGUGUUGUGGUUAAUCUAUGUGCUGUAAACAGGAUACCCACUGCAUUAGCAUGAACAAAUCACUUCAUCUUCUAUCAACGAGCAAAUAAUUUUAAUGAAAGGUUUCUGUCUCACAACCAUUGAAAAUCAUAAAAGGUGUUGCAAAUAGACUUCAAAGAAGUUUUUAAAUCAAUUCUUAAAAAAAUUAUCUAAAAACUAUGCAAAUUAUAUGAAGUAGUAACUGUUUUCUGCUAUUUCCAAAUAUUAAUGUGUGUAUUUUAUGUAUAUUUUUAUGUUGUGAGCCACCCAGAGUUAGGCAGUCAUACAAAUAAUAGUAAUAAUAAUGAGGUAAAUUUUUAAACCCAUAAUUUUUCUUUUUUUUUAAAUCUACAUAAAAUGAAGUGUCCACUCAUUUACUUGGGCUUCUAUACUUCAACACCUGUACUAUUGAUACGAAACAGUAUGAGCAAUUAUUUAACAAAUCUGAGACUACCUGAUCCUGGGAAAUAAGCUAAGUAGAAAGUAAAGAGGCCCUGGGCUGAAAACUGGGAAAAUAUAAGUCCUAGUAACUCCUCAGGCACAAGGCCAAUCUGGUGACCUUGGAAGCCUGUCGCUCAGUCAGGCAAUGGCAAACCACUUGAGAAAAAGGUUGUCAAGAAAAGUACAGGGACUAGUCCAGUUACCAGGAAUCAACAAUGACUAGAAGGCACAAAGGAAACUAAAUAGAAGUAAAGAUGUACAGUAAUCUCACCUCAAUUUUGUAAAGCAUUCUAUAAUUUUACCUCAAACUGGCACUUUUAAUCAGCAUGCGUCUACAUUUAUUUCAUUUUAGGCUCGUUUGUAAAGCUGCUCUGAUUACGUCAAAGUCUGGUUAGGCUGUGAACAAAUAUUUUAAAAAUACAAAGAGGCUCUAUGAAGUUUUUGCUCUUACCUUUAGGGGUUGGGGGUUUAGGUAACCUCAAUUGCAAAUAUUUUGUUGGCUUUAGCAUGUAAUACCUGCAGCUUUAUAUCCAACCCGUAUCUUCAUUUUUACAAAAUCAACAGUUUUAUUUGCAACUUAUAAUUAAGAUUUUUCUAUGAGCAAACACUAAAUGAUGAAUAAGAAACAUGCUAGUGCAACGCCACAAAACAAUCUAUUAACUCUUCCUAACUAACAAAUUGCAUUUGUUUACUCUAUGGUGGUGUAGUGGCUUAUAUAAAGCAACAUUUUUAAACUAUGGAUGUAGGUAGAGAAUAAACCUUAGAUAUUGCAUUGUAAUGCACAAUAUGCUUUAGUCUAAUCAUAUUGUUUGUAUUUUUAUUCUGCAAGUUUGGAAGGUUUGGAUCAGUUAUAUAACUGUGAUGAGCAAUUUGCCUAUAUCUUAAUUAGUUAAACCAAACAUGAUUAUCAUCUAAGCUAAUUUGAACACUUCAUUGAUAGACUAAUGGUACAUAUUAAUAAAGUCAGAUUUAUCAACUGUUAAGAAAGGAACUUGGGCACAACUCUUGGCCAAAGGAAAAAAAAUUAAGGCAGCCUGCUAAUAUGCAAUUUGCUGGAACAAGCCAAGUUAAGCCCAUGUCUGGCCAAGACAUAUCCAGCAGAUUUUCCAACUCUAGUACUAGUCAAUUGAACAAAUGUGUUCAUAAUGCAAUUUUUAAACAGAAUCAAUUAACAUUUAUUAAAAGGAAAUGUUUUGGAACAAGCUAACUGUAAGGAGAAAUGUGUGAACUUUUAAAAACAGUGCUAUUCAUAGCCUCAGUACAUACUAAGUUCAAAGUUUUUAAUUCAGAAAGGCUGGAACAAUACCAAUGAAUGAGCUAUAAGCUCUGCUGAGUGUGGCUUCUUACUCACAAAGUGGAAGAUAAAUGCUGGUCUACAUUGUAGAACUACUACAAAAUUUUGUAAAGAUGCUAUAAUGUAAGUAACAUCUGAAGCCAACAGCUCCAACCUCUACAGAUCUUUAUGUAUUUGCAUCAUCUUAUCAAUCUUCUAGAUAUAACUAGAAGGAAGGAAUCAAAACUCUGGAAGAGUUCACUUUUUUGGUUUCCAAAUUAUUUUGGCAAUGGCCACGCACAACUGGAGAUCAGAAUUGUCACAUAACUCAGUGAACGUGAUUCAUCUGAUAAGUGUUCAUUGUGUGCUCUUGUUAAAUCAGUCCAGAGAGCACAACUCUUACAUUCCUGGGAAUGCGGCAGCAUUUGUUAUCUCCAUUACCCAUAUUUUGCAUUUUAAGUAACUUAUUGCCUUCAUUAUCUUCACUUGGAACAAGGUGGCAAUAGAUGUGACAGAAGCUCAGAGUUAUGAACAGACAGGACUUGGAAUCUUAUUUUUAUUUAUUUUUUAAUAAAUACAAUUUACAUUAAAGGAAAAGGAUUUCAAUUUGUAAUUUUCACAGAGGGCGGAAGGGUACGGGGAGAGAAGAUUAAAAAUGCCAACGUCAAAAAGAGGGGGGGGGUAUGUGGCAUAGGUGGAGGGAGGCUUGCAAGCCAGAGUCCUUCAUCUCCAGCAGUGGCAGGUUCUUAACAAGACCUGGCUGGACCUUCAGCCCUCCAUCAAAGCUCCUGCAGCAGGAGCCCUCGUAGGGCUUCAGACAGGACAAGAGGCAUAGGACAAAAAAAAAAAGACCUUUUCACAGCAGGUAGCAACAACUCCAUUAAAAAAUCAUGUUCAAAAUAAUCCACGGUUUCACAAUCCAUGAUUCAAUCCCACACUUCAGUAAAAAUGCCCUAUGUUAUUUUUAAAUUUGUUUUUUUUUUUUUAAUCUCCAAGAAAGCCAUUUGGAUAAUUUAAAUUUUAGAA